CUGGUGUGGCCCGCUUCUUUACAAAUAUCUGUCACGUUCGGUCGCGUCGUACAAUGAGUAUACAGCUGUCAAUAAUAAAUGUUAAAACAAUAUUGUACAGGUCGUAUAGUAUCUAGAAUAUAAUUCCAUUUCCAACUCUCAUUUGAACUCCAUUCGGUAGGGAUAUCUCUUGAGUGAAACGUGUGAAUUUUGCAUAUGGAAAAAUGGAUCUCCGGUUAGUGCAUUUAUGCAUACUAACUUUGAGCUGCAGUUUCGCGCAAGAUAUUGAUCUUGGAACUGUAAUAUUUGCCAAUGUACUAUUUAGGCAUGGAGACAGAACACCUCUAAAUCCUUAUCCAACUGAUCCUUACAAGAAUGAAUCGCUAUGGCCUGUACCUUUUGGUCAAUUGACAAAUCUUGGCAGACACCGACAUUUAUUACUUGGUCGUUGGCUCAGAAACCGAUAUGAGCAUCUUCUACCAGAUACAUACUCCUUGUAUGAUAUCUAUGUCCGAAGUACAGACGUUGAUCGUACUCUAAUGUCAGCAGAAGCAAAUUUGGCAGGCUUAUAUCCACCUAAAGAUAAACAGAUUUGGGACAAUGACAUCAAAUGGAUGCCAAUACCGAUUCACACAAUACCUGAAAAGCAAGAUAAUUUAUUGGCAGCUAAGAAAUAUUGUCCAAAAUACGAUUAUGAGAUAGAGAAACUCAAAAACUCACCAGAAAUUCAGCGAAUCAAUAAGGAAAACGAAAAGCUUUAUAUUUAUCUAACAGAGCAUUCUGGAAAAAAAAUUGAUUCUCUGGAAUCCAUUGAGUAUCUUUAUGAUACUCUUUCUAUAGAGAAUAUUUUUAAUCUCACUUUACCUAAAUGGACGACACCUGUAUUUCCAUAUAAAAUGCAAAAACUCGCUUCAAUGGAUUUCAAACUUCCUGCUUAUAAUAAAAUACUUCAACGAUUAAAAUCAGGUUUAUUAUUGGGUGAAAUGAUAAAUCAUAUGGUGAAGAAGCAGGAAGGUGCUUUGUAUCCUGAUAGAAAAUUGUGGAUUUAUAGUGCCCAUGAUACUACGGUAGCUAAUUUAUUAAUGACUUUGGGUGUAUUCGAUGAACAUUGUCCACCAUACACUGCUACAGUCCUCAUGGAAUUAAGGGUUAACACCAAAGAACAGUACUUUGUUACGAUCUCUUAUAAAAAUUCAAGUGCCGAACCAACUCUCUUAACAAUCCCAGGAUGCUUGGCAUUGUGUCCCUUACAUCAAUUUGUCAAACUGACAAAGGAUACUAUUCCUGAAGAUUGGGAAAAGGAAUGUGUAUUAGAUUGGGAGCAGCACGAAUCCAGUAUAAACUUGACGACGAUUUUUGGCAUAUUGACAUCGUCUAUUUUGAUGCUAAUUUCAUUGGUGUUCAUGAUUAUCGGAUUUGUGUAUUGGCACUACAAACGAGAACAUAAUCAGUAUUAUCGUCGGCUGACCACGGAUCCAAUUUAAAGAGAAUUAAACAGUUAUUGCACGUGAUAGUUCCUUGCAUAUUGUAAUGUGGCUAUUGAUGGAAUAUCCAAGCAUCAAAAUAUAAGAUACUGGCAAAUGGAAAUUACUAGGCUUAUAAUUUAUGUGACCCGAUGCAUUGAUCUUUGCUGUGAAAUAAAUGUUCGGAUAUUUCAUCAAUAACAUGUUUCUAAAAAUACGUUUGAAUUUAAAUAUAUGAUGAUUAAUAUCGCGACAGUUGAAGUGCGAAGAAAAUGAUUGGUUGAAGUAUCCUCGAGAUUCUUUGUGGAUUAUUAUCACAAAUGAGUUACUAUUUUGUUGUUUCCAUUUGAUACUGAAACUACAUAUAGGUAAACUAUUCGAAAAUAUAUAUAGAUUGUGUUCAGAGAAUCUUUGAAUUCUGAGGUUAAAAAAAAGAGAAAAGAGAAUUUAAAUAAAAUUCAAAAUCUGUGGAGAUCAAGUAGAAAUAUACAAGGUGUUCGAGCACAGACCUUGAAAGACGAUGUGGCUUUGAAUGUGUAAAGACACUCCCGGAUGUACCGGAUUUGAUCCGUUUAUAAUAAACAUUGGAAAAGUUGUGAGGAGAUGAUUCAAUGCAUGAAUUGAGCUUGGUGGGAAGGUGUUUCUUUAUACAUUCGAAGCCAUACCUGUUCUCAACAUCUGUGCUGGGACACCCUAUAUAUAUUUUUUUAAUUUUGCCAUGAAUUGAAAGUUUAUAGUAUAGUUUGCAAAGAUUAAGAAAUAUACGAUAUCUUUUGGAUUUCCCUACAGUCUCAUUAAAUCUUAUUUAGUUUUGAUGAUAUUCUCUAAAUAUGAAACUUAUGAGAAGUUCAUUGAAAUUUGUAUCGAGAUAAAAAAAUUAGUUACAAAUGUAUUCCGAUGGAAUGGUGCAUAUUUUAUUGAAAUUAAAUGAUCUUCAUGUAAUUUAA